GUGAGGUGAAGGUUAGGUUCUUCCUCUCUAGCAGCAUGUCAGCUGUCAACACCACCAGCUGCCUCAAACUGUGUGUCUAUCACUUCUGGCCAUUCAUCAUGUUGAAGGGAUCACGGCCGUACAUUAUAGAAGGGACUAUGGUCAACACAAUGAACGUCAUAGCUAACAAACUCAACUUCUGCAUAGAAUACGUGGUGCCGGACGACCUUGUUUAUGGCGAGGAACUCCCCAACGGCACGUGGACAGGCAUGAUGGGUCUCCUUACACGCAGCGAGGUGGACAUGUCUGGUGUGGUGUUCUCCCAGCAGUACAAUCGCGCCAAGGCUGUCGACUUCAGCGAACCACUUCACAUGAACGACCAGGCGGUCGCCUACAAGCGUCCACAACCUGAGCCUGACAUAGCUGGCUUUAUGAGACCCUACACCCGCCUGAUAUGGAUAACACAACUGGUCACCCUCUUCGUGGUCUUCAUGUGCAUCACCUUCGUCAGCUACUACACCCCACGACAGGAAGACAACGACAGUAAUGAACGGGUGUGGACAGCCACACUGUGGACGGUAGCGGCCCCCUUGGCCCAAGCAUCAUCCUGGUUGCCGCGCGGUGACUCCCUGCGCAUCAUCGCUGGGACGUGGUUGUUGAUGGCCUUCAUCCUGGGGUCUGUAUACCGCUCCAACCUGAAGGCCAUGUUGAUCCUGCCCAAGCUGCGCCUCCCCUUCAACAGCCUGGAGGAGCUGAUCGAGUCUGGCAUAACAACGUACACUGGAGCCGCCAACAUAGUGACUCAGGCUAUUCAGGAGGCGACCCCGGGCACCAGACUAUACGGCCUCAAGAAACAACACAAGAUUGACAACAACGUAUACGACGCAUUAAGGAGAUUCAACCUAGGACUGGAAGCUGUGUUUACAAGUCGAAUAUAUAUAUAUUCAGUAUUUGACAUGAAUUUUGCUAGGACUGGAAGGUGUGAUCACUACAUAGCCCAAGAGAAUUACUUUGGUGCCACCAGCCUCAGCCUCGCCUUCCCCAAGAGAUCACCGCUUAAGGAAAGAGUUGACCCUGUAAUAAGGAACUUGAAGGAGUUUGGCAUCCUUGACCACAUGUACCUGAGCGGGAUGCCCAACGUCGGUCACUGUCUUAAGGCUGACUUCAACAAACCUGACAACGAUCUUCGACCACUCCAGCCAAGUGAUUUUUAUGGCGUGUUCUGCGUGUAUGCCGGAGGAAUUUUACUGGGAGCGCAAGCCUUUAUAUUCGAGCUGAUUCUGGGCAGUGCAUACAACUGAAAUAAACUGCACACACACACACACGACGCUAUUAACCCUAGGCAAACGAACUUGGAACUUCUAGUGACAUUCCACCCGACCAAAAUCAACGCCGAUUACCGAUACACUACAGAGCCCCAGAACCACCAGCUGCGCCCGCUAGCACUGUGAACCAAUCACCCUGUCACCAAUCAGCUCACGAAAGUCAACACUGUGAACCAAUCAGCUCAUGGAUGUCAGCACUGAACCAACCAGUUUACGAAAGUCAGCCCUGUGAACCAAUCAGCUCAUGAAAGCCAGCACUGUGAACCAAUCAGCUCAUGAAAGCCAGCACUGUGAACCAAUCAGCUCAUGAAAGCCAGCACUGUGAACCAAUCAGUUCAAGAAAAUCAGCACUGUGAACUAAUCAAAUCAUCGCCAGCCACUGGUUAACUUUUAGCACACCCAAGUCUAACAACUGUAAAUCAAUCGGCUCUUCACCAGGCAGCACUGUGACACUCCGUCUUCUAAUAAUAAUAAUAAUAAUAAUAAUAAUAAUAAUAAUAAUAAUAAUAAUAAUAAUUAACGGUUUAUUGAAAGAGCAUAGCAGCCGGAAGGCUGAAAAUAUACAGUUACAUAAUUGGGGAAUGGAUCUCUUGAUUUACAAAUAAUAUACAAGUAACGUGAUACAAAUAUGAUAUAUAAUAACUGUUGUGUUUGAAGGUAUCAGCCACUUCUUACUCAAGACGCCCUCAGGUCUUAUCUUGAUCAUUACCUCACCUUGUCCAUGUAGAGACUUUCAUGAAACUCCUUAACGUCUUUGAAUAUUUUAAUCAUAUCUAAAUUUGUUAUACCCUCCUCUUCAUUUCAAUGAGUAUAUUUAUUUCAAACUAUUAUCAAUCGAUUGAAGUUGUUUUCGUACGUCUGAGUUCAGUUCGCUCAAGCGAAUAUAAUGAUUAGCUUAAUUUGAUUAGUACUAGUCUUAAAUCUCCGUCAAAAUUUCACUAAUCAAGUAAUGGUAAAAAGUAUUGUGUUUAAUGCAUACACUGUGAGAGGAAGCGCUUUCAUUUGUCAUUGGCACUAAUAUACCCUUUACCUGUAUCACGCAACUUUCCGUUCCAGUACACUAACGGUACCCAUAAUGCCUUUGGAAUACCUUUUUUUUUCCUUUCUCAAGUAAACUUGUCAUAUCCUGAUGGGAUUCUUCUACCGUUUUGUCUGUGUAUUUAAUCUUAAGAGUACAUAAAUUCACAGUGCUGUACCUGGAAAAAUCACAUUUACUUUUAAAACGACUAGAUGUAUUAAAGACUACACACUGA